GACCUGGGGCCUCUCUCCACUGGGGCCCAGAAAAGCCAUGCUUUACAUAACUCACUGACCUGCAAGGAGGACUGGCUAGUGACACCAAGGAUCCUGAAAGCCACCCUCUGAUUACUGAAUCUGGUUUUUAGUGGCUUGGAGCAUGGAUUGUGCACCAGAGUGGGAAGGCAGGGAGGAAAACACAGAAAAUGCAACUAAUCCACUGGAAUACUUCACGAGAAAGGGUUUAAAGCAGCUGUACCAGGACCAGCUGCUCUGUGAUGCCACCAUAGUGGCUGAGGGAAAGAGGUUCCCAUGUCACAGGUUGCUGAUGGCAGCUGUCAGCCCUUACUUCAAGGGCAUCUUUACCAGCUCCUUCAAGGAAUCCCAGGAUGGAGAAGUUGUGCUUCAGGACAUGGCCUCUUCCAUUGUGCAAACCAUACUGAUCUAUUUGUACAUGGGAGAGAUCUCUCUUACUAAAGAGUCUGCCCAGGGGCUGUUUGUAGCAGCCAGCAGGCUUCAGGUUCUCCCCCUGCUGGAGAUCUGCUCCAGGUUCCUUGUGAAGAAUGUUGCCAUUGAGAACUGUCUUGUGUAUUAUGCGCUGGCUUACGCACACAACGAUCAAGCUCUGCUUGGUGUCGCCAUGAACCUCGUUACCACAAACUUUGGGCACCUCUCCAAGGAGGAGGAUGACUUCUUACAUCUGGACCUCAGCACUCUGGUCAGCAUAAUCUCUUUGGAUGGCCUCGUGGUGGCUUCUGAGCUGGUUAUCUACCAGGCUGUGAAACGCUGGGUAAGGUUUCAAACAACUGAGCGUAGCCUUCUCAUUGGUGAGCUGAUGAAGCACAUCCGCUUCCCGCUCCUUAGCCAGGAUGAGGUCCGGGAGGUCCAGUCAGACUGGGAACACUGUCUGGAUGUUCAGAUAUGGCAGAAGAAGCUGGACAGUAUAGAUGGACCGUUUGAUUCUAGGGCACUCAGGCAGGGAAUGUACGACAAGUGUAUUGUGUGCGUGAGUCUGUCCAGGUGGAUAAGCAAAUGGAUGGAAAAUGAGGAAUUCCAUGUGUGCUAUUUUGACCCUCGAAAAGAGAACUGGGAAAAGCUGCCAGCUUUGAAUUGCCUCUACUCUCCAGCCUGCAUGGCAGUAGGUGACAAGCUGGGACAGUACACGUGCGGCUACUCAUCAGGUGCACAUAUAGCUGCUGUUAAUGUUUUCUAA